AUGGCUUCUGCACUGAACAGCAAGAUUCACCAGCCCGGGGCAUGCAAUGGCUCCAAAAUAGCUCAUCGCAGCGGCGGCGGUUCGAGAGAGGAGUACAGUCAGGAGAUCCACGUGAAAAUGUGUAAGAAGAUCGCCCAGCUCACCAAGGUGAUUUAUGCCUUGAACACUCGAAAUGAUGAAUAUGAAGCCAGUGUGGAGGCUCUCAGAGAAGCUCACCAAGACGAACUUCAGAACAUUGUUGCCGAGACCAAAGCCAAGCUCCUACAGGAUCAGAGCAGUACGCUAGAACAAGACCUUCAAAAGCGCGUUCAGUCCCUGGAAGAUGCCCUGGCAGAGCAGAAGAGGCUGACGGAAGAAGCUCUGGCGGAGUCCGCCAUGUAUAAGAAGCAGACAAAAGAAAGAGAGUUGAAAGCAGAGACAGAACAUGCUGAGAGGAUCAUUUCCCUCUCCAAGGAGAUGCUGGACCUCAAAGCUGACUUUGAGAAGAAACUCCAACACCGAAACCAAGAGUCCUCUGAGAGCCCCCAGAACGAAGGCAGGGGGUUUGCCAAAGAGAACCCCAACACAGAGGAAGAGCUGGCCCAAAGCCACAGUGAGGAGAUGCAGAAGGCACACAGGGAAUUGGAAAAGCUCAGAGCAGAGAACCAGCAGCUCAGCAAGGAGUAUGCCCUGAAAGCCAAGCAGCUCCAGGCCACCUAUGAGAGAGAAAAUGACGCUGUCAAGAAAGCCAUGCAACAGUCCGUGGCUGAGGCCCUGAGGCAGUGGCAGCAGGAGGAGGCUGAGCUGAGGAAGAGUUUCCAAGUCCAAGAAAUGGCUCUACAGGCCCAAGUGAAGAGGCUGGAAAUAGAUUUGCAGUCUAAAUGCCAGAAGAUAAGUGACUUAAAGAAGUAUUCCCUGAAACUAAAGGAAAAGAUUCAAGACUUGGACAUCCAGCUCAGGGCAGCUCAACGAGAAAACAUGGAAUCCAAAAACACCGCAAAAAUCCUAGGGGAGAAACUAGCUAUUGCAACAGAGAAACUAAUGCUGCAGGAAUGCCAGAUAUUGCAGGAAACAGAUGAGAUGAAAACGUUACUCAGUUCCCAGAAUGAAGCAGAUGUCUUCAAAACUCCCAGUUUCUGCCUGCAGCAAGAACAGCUGUCCAUCACAGAAUGUACAUGUGCCAGAAGGAGUGAAGAUGCCCAGGCCAAGGAGUCUGGAGCUGCUUUUGAGAGAGAAUAUUUGAAGCAAAAACAUGAAAUUGAGCUUCAAAAAAUCAGGCAUCAGACAGAAGAGGUGAAAACACAUCUCAGGGAGCAGCUGGUGAAGGGAUUAGAAGACUUGGUGAAGAAACACACCAUGGAAAUCAAAUCAACUCAGUCAUCCAUGGAAGCAGAAAGAAAGAAGCUACAAAAGGAGGUUCAGAAACAGUUAGAGGAAAUGAAGAAGAAAUCUGAGAAUGAAAUGAAACGACUGGAAGAAGAGAAAGCAGCCCUGAAUAUGAAGCUCCAGGAUUCUUUGCUUGAGGAACAAUGCUUCAAACAUAGUGAACUUUCUAAGACACCACCUGAAGGAAGAAAAUGCCAAGAACAAUUAGCAGUAGAAAUAGAAACCACCAAAGAAGAGGAAGAAAGGUUGGAAAGAUCCUACAGAUGGAAAGAUAACAAACAGCCUCCUCUCCUGAAAGAGGAGGCGUCUCAAACGCAGACUUUGCCAGAAGACUGGCAGAACCAGAGAGCCAGUUUGCAAGUACAGAUUUCCCGAAUGAAGCAGGUUCUGGAGCAGUCUGCCCAUAACCACAGAGAGGAUCUGCAGAAGUUGAAGCAAUUGUCUGACAAAGAACGUGAGAAGCUUUUUCGGGAACUUCAAGAUCAUAUCAAACAAAGCCAGACUGCUAAAGCCCAGUUGGAGGCCUCCCACCAAGAAGCCCUCAAGAUCAUGGAAGACGCCAAAAACCAAGAACUGAAGGAGGUUGAGGAGCGCCUAAAGAAAGAAUACAGUCACACCUUCCAGAUUCAGCAUCAGUCUCAUCAACUGGAACUCCAGGCCUUGGAAGAAAAGGCAAGCAAAGACCUUCAGGGGGAACGUGAGAGGAUACAGAAACAGCAGGCCCUCUUGCUAGAUUCUCUUAGGCUGGAGUUAUCAGAGCAGCAUGCGUCCUUUAUCAGCCAACAGAAGGAAAUAGAGGAACUCGAGACUGAGCUGAAGAAUCUGAGGGGACUGAAGAAACAGCAGGAAGGAAGCAGCCAGAGCCAGAUCAACUCUCUUACUGGGACAGUGGAAAAGUGUCAGAGGGAGAUGGCUGGUCUUAAGAAUGAGAAUUCCCUUCUGAAGGAGACUUUGCAGCUGCUCAGUGCAGAGGCUGAAAUGCAAAAACAAGGGGCCAUCCAGCUGCAGGAGAGGGAAAGGCAGCAGCGCAGGUUGCUGGAAGAAGACCUUCAAGUCAAGCAUAAACAAGAAAUGGAAACCUUGAAACAAGAUCAUAGGAAAGAAAUCCAUAGCAUGGUGUCUGAUUUCAGCAGCACUCAGGCUCACCUGCAAAAGAAGAUCAUCUCCUUGGAAACGGACCUUAAAGAUGCAGAAGAGAAACUAUGGAAAUGGGAAUCCAGACCAGAAGAUUUACACCUCAUAAGCAUUUUACAAAACAGAUUAAGUGAGCGAGAAGAAAUCAUCAAACAGUUAACGGAGGAAAGAAGAUUUCAGUGUGCCGCAUUGCCAAACACUCUCUCUCAUCGGAAUAGAUCCUUUUCUUUCAAUCCGCAUCCAGGCUAUUUGACCCCCUCCAUGAAGAAAAAGAAAAUGGAGGAAGUUCCCAGCCGGGUUGUCAGUGUGCCAAACUUAGCCUCCUAUGCAAAGAAUUUACUGAGUGGUGAUUUGAGUUCCAAGAGAAAUGCUGCACCAAUAACCAAAUCACCAAGCUUAGACCCAAGUUCCAGCUGUGUUAGGUCUGGUCAUCAGCCAGUCAAAUCUCCUGAUGCUAAAACUGCCACAAGGACUGAAGACAAUGAAAAAACCCAAGCCAAAGAAGUCCAAAAACAAGGUUCUCAGCAUCAGGAAUGGUUUACAAAAUACUUUUCAUUUUAGACUGACCUUUUGAAC